AUGGGGGGUGGCAGCGAGGAGAGAGACACGGACGCGCCAGCGGUGAGGCGGGAGAGGAAUGUCACGGGAAGAACGGAGGAGGGAAAUGCCACCACCGUGGGAAGUGUCAGCAGGGCCACCACCGUGGGAAACGUCACCAGGGCCACCAUGGUGGGAAGUGUCACCAGGGCCACCACCAUGGGAAGUGUCAUGGGAAGGAACGGCACGGUCACCGCGGUGGUCAGCGCCAACACAGACCAUGACGUGGUCACCACCAUGGACCAUGAUGUGGUCACCACCAUGGAGAGGGACAUGAUGGUCAGUGCCAACACGGACCAUGAUGUGGUCACCACCAUGGACCAUGAUGUGGUCACCAGCUUGGACCAUGACGUGGCCACCAGCACAGAGAGGGCCACCAGGGUCAGGGGCAGCGUCCCCAUGGCCACCACCACAGGGGACAACACCACGACGGUGCCACCAGAGCGGCGGGUGAGAAACGUCACGGGCUGGUCCGUGAGGAGCCACAGCGGGGCCACCACCGUGGAGGGUGACACCGCAGCCGUGGAGGGUGGCACCGCAGCCGUGGACGGUGACACCGCAGCCGUGGAGGGUGACACCGCAGCCGUGGAGGGUGACACCGCAGCCGUGGACGGUGACACCGCGGUCACUCCGUCAAACCUCGCCGAGGGAGAGACCACGGCCAUGGAGGGUGAGAACGAGGUCACCGAGGGUGACACCGAGGCCACCCCCAUAGAAGGUGACACCGAGGCCACCCCCAUGGAAGGUGACACCGAGGCCACCCCCAUGGAAGGUGACACCGAGGCCACACCGGUGGCCACCACGGUAAGGAGCACCAGGGCCACCACCGUGGAAAGUGACACCACGACGGCGCUGCCAGAGCUCCUGGGAGGCCACAGCAGGGCCACCACCAGGGCGAGGAACACCAGGGCCAUGGGGAACACCAGCAGGGCCACCACCAUGGAAAGGGACACCAGGGCCACCACCAUGGAAAGUGACACCACGGCCACCACCAUGGAAAGGGACACCAGGUCCAUGGGGAACACCAGCAGGGCCACCACCAUGGAAAGGGACACCACGGCCACCACCAUGGAAAGUGACACCGGGGCCAUGGGGAACGCCACCAGUGCCACCACCAUGGAAAGUGACACCACGGCCACGCCAGUGACCACCGUGGCCACCAGUGACCACACCAGGGCCGUGGGGAACACCACCAGGUCCACCACCAUGGAAAGUGACACCAGGUCCACCACCAUGGAAAGUGACACCACGGCCACCACCCUGGAGAGCCACACCCUGUCCACCCUCCCGGUCGUCCCUGCCGACGUCACCUCAACGCCAGCCCCGCCCAAUGCCACCAACACCACCCUGGAUGUCACCGAGAGCGCGGCGGUGACGCCCCAGGUCCCGCCCAACGCCACCGAAGCCACCGGGGCGCUGGGCCACGGCUCUGCCGGGACCACCGGGGACGUUCUGAGCGGCGCGGCCACCUCCACUGUGGCCACCGUGGCCACCAUCUGCCUCUUCCUCCCACACGGCUCCAGCCCCCCGGCCAUCGUGUGCCACAACGGUGGCGUGGCCAACCGGACCCUCUGCCUGUGCCCCCCCGGCUUCACCGGCCCCACCUGCGCGACCCCCGACCCCUCUGACCGCUGCUCCGGGGGCAGCACCGCGGUGGGCGAGCGCUGCCUGUGCCCCCCGGGCCGGAGCGGACCGCGCUGUGCCACCCCCGAGCCGGCCACCGCUUGUCGCCACGGUGGCACCGCCGUGGGCACCCGCUGCUACUGCCCCCCCGGCUUCUCCGGAGCCCGCUGUGAAGACCCCAGACCCACCACAGCCCCCCCGGCCAAACCCCCAGCCCGGAGCAGAGAGACCCCCAGGAGCACCAGGAGAACCACGACCACCGCCGUCCCCACCACCAGAGACCCCUGCCUGAACGGGGGGCGCUGGCUGGGCACGGGGUGUCUGUGCCCCCCCAACGUGGACGGCGCCCGCUGCGAGUUCGGUGCCACCACCAUCAACCUGACGGCAGAGCUGGGUCCCUCUGUCACCAUGGUGGCGCGCGUCACCAACCGGGACUUCUCGGAGGACCUGGGGGACACCUCGUCCCCCGGCCACCGGCGCUUCGCCCAGGAGUUCAGCCGGACGAUGGACGGGAUCUACCGGAACGUCUCCGGCUACCGCGGGAUCAGCGUCCUGAGCCUCAGCCGCGGCAGCGUGGUGGUCACUUACCGCGUCCGGCUCCAGCCCCUGCCCGGCAACGCCAGCCUGGACCACCGAGCCCUGGAGCUGCUGGCCACGACCAACGCCGCAGCCCAGCCCCACAACUGCGGCCCCUCGGCCGACCGGCUCUGCUUCACCGCCACCUCUGCCAGAGCCACCGGAGCCACCGCGCUGGCACUCAAUGACACCGAGCUUUGCCGGACGCACGCUCCGGCCAACUUCAGCCGCUUCUACUUCCCGCACCGCACGGCCACCGGGCUCCUCUGCGUCACCAACUGCACCCUCAACGUCCCCGGCUCCUUCGACUGCCACCGCGGCCUCUGCCGCCUCACCCUGGACGGACCCCGCUGCUUCUGCCCGGACCUGCCCCGGUUCCUCUCGGCCGGUGACCGCUGCCAGACCCACAUCAGCAAACUGGGGCUGGGCCUGGGCGUGGGGCUGGGGCUGGGCCUGACCAUCCUCAUCCUCCUCAUCCUCUGCGUCGUCCUCAGCGUCCGCCUGGCCCGAGGGCGGAAGAAAUCACCUGGAGCCAGCGAGGCCGCCGAGGACGCGUGGCCGGACGGGGGCCGCGGCGGCCGCGUCACCGGGAUCUACCACGUCAACGGCGGCAGCGGCGGGAAAGGUGGGACCCGAAACGGGGGGUGA